CACACAUCGGGAGGGCGAUGAAAUAGCAAAAGCAGUGGCUUUGCUGUGUCCUGUCAGAGCGUUCCGUUUUCACAUAGAGGUUGCUGGACACGAGUCAACAAAGAGAUGCUGGCCUUGUUUCAGACACCAAAUUGGGCUAUCCUGCUAACCCGCUGGAUUUCAUGGGACUCCUGCGCUGCAAAGCGGUGACAGCAGAAUGCUAACAGCACAUGGUUACAGAUCGCUCAGCUGUGUAGCCGCUGUCGGCCCGGCCGCCUGUUGUUAGCUUUCUUGUGACAUUGCCAUAAACCCGAGCUAACAAAUAGCCGAGCAGCUUUCUCGGGCCGGUGUUGGCCGUGAUAAACACUGGCUUGUUUGUUAGUGGAGAGGAAAUCCCUGGAGAGGAGGGAAGGGAGGGCAUCUCCAAAAACUAAGACUGACAGCCAAUGGAGCCGUGCUCAGAAGCUGAGCGGUGAGAUUUAUUUUCCUUUUUUUCCCCCCCGCCCAGGAGACUGAAGCAAGGUGACCUUUCAGGUACAGACGCACACCUGCAAUUUUCCACCUGACCUGAGCAGGCUGUCUGCAGGCUGUAAUAGGCAGCCGAGUGGAACCAUGACUGCCCUUUCUCCACCCUCACCUUCAAGCUCCGUCACACAAAAGGCCGCGCCACAUCUUCCCCCCCCCUCUGCACUUCAAGUUCACACGAGGGCGGCGGAGACUUGCUGCGAUGGUGGAGGGCAAACCUUAUCGAUACGGGCUGAUCGUGGCCGGCCUCUCUGUGGUGGCCCUGGGCCUCUUCAUCAUGAUCCAGGAGCGGCCGCACGUCUAUGUCACUAUGUGCGUCCUUGGCGUCGCCAUGGUCUGUGCCGGGACAGCGUGGAGCCUCUGCCAGUGCUACCCUAAGGUCAUUGUGACGCCUGUGAUUCAGAAGGAAAGCCUGGAGGAUUUAGUGUGUUCUGCGCGGGAAGCCAGAGACGACAGGGACGCUGAGCCUGGGUCGGGUUCCGGCUGCCAAAAGUCCAGCAGUGGGCCAUUUCUCCCUGAGGUGCCAAAGAGUGAGCGUCACAGCUGUCCCACACUGCACCUGGUCUGAAGGAGAGAGUCCCACCGGUCCGGGUCAACUAAACAGGGUCCCACAGCUCAGAGGAGGGGGGGGGUGCUGCACUCAGGACUGUGGAGAUACCCCAUAAAGCUGCAACAUCACAUGGUGCAACUUCUGUGCCGUUAUUGAAAGAAGCCAAAUGUUCAUGAGUGGACCGGUGCUGCAGGGAAAUGUUAAUAAAGAUGAACAUGUUUUGCUUGGUAGUCCCAGAAGGUGGCGCUGUUUACAGUGAAAAGGAAGGAUUUCUUUUUUGACGUUCCACCUGAUGAACAUCUGAUUAUUAUUUUUUUAAAUAAACUUUCUACACCUCCCUCAUCCUGGGGUGUGCG